AGGGUAGGUAUUGCCCGAAAGCGUAGUGAAGUAAUCAAAAGUAAAAUAGCCUCGUUGAAAUUAAAAAAAAUAUAUAUUGAAAAACACUUGGCAGUACACUUAUGUCUUCAGAGGUUCAUACGUUAGUCUUACCUAAUACAUUAGGUCCACAUUAUUUGUCUUUUUUAUAAAAACAAUCCAAGAAAACAUAUAAAAAAAAAGGAGAAAAAGCUAGAAAAAGCGUAAAAAAUCAUUUAAUUAAUAAGGAAAAUCGCAUAAAUCAUUAACAAUGGCUAGCAAGAGCGCCAAUUCGAGUAACAAGAUAAUCACCGUGGUGGCAACUGUUGGCUUCGGUCCGGAUACGAUGACAGAGAUCAGUUAUACGGACACCAAGGUCAUCGGCAAUGGCAGCUUUGGUGUUGUCUUUCAGGCCAAACUGUUGCCCAGCAACGAGCUAAUUGCCAUCAAGAAGGUAUUACAGGAUCGACGAUUCAAGAAUCGGGAGCUGCAGAUAAUGAGAAAACUGAAGCAUCAGAAUAUCAUCGGUCUGAGGUAUUUCUUUUACUCCAGCGGCGAUAAGCGUGACGAAGUGUUUCUCAACCUGGUCAUGGACUUUAUGCCCGAAACCCUCUAUAAGGUGGAGAGACAAUUUGCACGGGCCAAGCAGACACUACCCGUCAACUAUAUCAGAUUGUACAUGUAUCAGAUGUUCCGGAGUUUGGCGUAUAUGCACAGCUUUGGCUUCUGUCAUCGCGAUAUUAAGCCACAGAAUAUGCUGCUGGAUUCGGAGACGGGUGUGUUCAAGUUGUGCGACUUUGGCAGUGCCAAGCAAUUGAUUGUGGGCGAGACAAAUGUGUCGUAUAUCUGUUCCAGAUACUAUCGAUCACCAGAGCUGAUCUUUGGAGCCACUCAGUACACAACCAAAAUUGAUAUGUGGAGUGCUGGCUGCGUUUUGGCCGAGUUAUUGCUUGGACAACUGAUCUUUCCCGGCGACUCGGGUGUCGAUCAAAUAGUCGAGAUUGUUAAGGUGAUGGGAACGCCGACUCCCGAGCAGCUGCACGACAUGAAUCCCAACUACAAACAGCUGCAGUUGCCCCAACUGAAGCCCCAUCCCUGGGCGAAAGUAUUUCGCAUUAAAACUCCGCCGGAAGCGAUCGAUUUGGUCUCCAAACUGCUCAUCUAUUCUCCCAACGAGCGCAUCUCGCCGCUUAUGGCCUGUGCACAUCCCUUCUUCGAUGAGCUGCGAAAUGAUCCCAAUCAAACGAUGCCAAGUGGACGCCCCCUGCCACCCUUGUUCGACUUCUCGGACUAUGAGAAAAACAUUGAGCCGAAACUAAUGUCGGCUCUGAUUCCCAGCGAGUCCAUGGAGAACAUGUUUCCGGCAAGUGGAAGUAGCCAGCGAAAUGCCGCUGGCGAAGAUGCCACACUCGGUGUGCUGCCCCUUCGACAGCAGGGGAAACAAGCGGCAGGAGUACGCAAGGACCUGGAGACAGGACGCAGUGAAAAGGCAGCUGUCAGUCAGUUCACUUGUGUGCCGAGACGUGAGCUGGGGAAUGGGGAUCAUGUGGAGGCGGAAGGCUUUGAAGUCGAGCACUCAACACCAGAGACGGAGGAUGACGAGGAUGAUACCACAGAGGAUGCUCCCGAUGAUGAUGAUGAUCCUCAUUUGGAGGUACACAACAACAACAGUGCGGACAGUCCCUUAUCCAGCGAUGAACUUGAUGAUCAGCAGUCGGAUCAGUUGGACGACGAUAACCGAGCAGCUGCAGACGAUGACGAUGACGAUGACGAUGACAAUAACGACGACGACGAUAACGAUAACGAUGACAUUGAUGAUGCAGAUGACGCUGACAAUAAUGAUGAUGAUGCUGAUGACGACGACGACGACAACGUUUAUGAUGAUGAUCAAGUUAAUCAAGUGCGCUAAGUAUUGUUUUUGUUAGCAUAACAUACAUACAUAUAUAUGUGUAUAUACAUAUUUUCCUCAACUCAACAAUUAAU